AUGGUGAAUGAAAUUAAGAAAACAGAGGAUAAGGUCUUCCGUACAUUAGGUGACAUUAAACAAAGUGUUGCUGAUUUUAUGGACAUGUUUGCAGAUAUGAGAGGAAAUAUAACGAACGAGAUGUUAAAGAGAGGUGAUGAGAUAAAAAGGAAAGAAGAAUCGUUCAAAACAUCAUUUGAGGAAACAAGAAAAAACCUGACUAGUGACAUCGAGGCUGAAAAAAAGAAACUUUUUCAACUCGAAGGGAAACUCGAACAACCUCCGAUCGCUUUUUAUGCACAUCACUUGAAAGACAUGCUACUUGAUACCAUGGAUGAGAUUCUCAUAUUCGAGAAGACAUUCACUAACGAGGGAACAGGUUACGACACGUCCACUGGCUUAUUCACAGCACCUGUUGGAGGACUGUACCAGUUUCAUGUUCAUACAUGUACUGUAUAUAAUAAAUAUGCACACCUUGGUCUGGUGUUGGAGAAUAAAUUCAUUGCAGCAAAUAGUAACGAAGGUGAUGGUGCUCACGGGUGUAGUUCUUUUGGAGCAAUAAUAAGAGUUAGAUCAGGAGAAAAGGUUUGGGUUGAAGUAACAGCGUAUCAUUCUAAUUACCAGCUAUAUCAAGACUCACAUAGGAUGAACACAUUCAGUGGAGUACUUGUCAAUUUCUGA